AUGGACCUCUUCCAGAGGUUGCCGACAGAGGUUCUGUGCCUCAUCGUAGAUGAGCUCCUCCCCGUCGGCUGGGAUAAAAGCCAAGAAGGCCGUGACCAGCUUGAGAAAAGACCGUUGUGCAAGAGAUUCGAUGCGGUCAUCUCCUAUCGCGCAAACAAACGGAUCGACCUCAGCCAUCUCAUGAUGGUGGCCCCAACAAUGACGACCGAUACAGCGGUCUGGUUGCUGUACCAGAAAGUGCUGGCGGAAGGAACCACUGAGGUGGAACACACUGUGACCCCUCCAGAUGCCGCUAGUCUUCCUGCUCGUUGUGGAGGGUCGAUCCAAAGUUAUCUGCUCUGGGCAUGUCAACUAGCGCUCGUCCGUUCACUGGUGGCAGGGGGCGCUGAUAUUAACGAGUGCGAUGAGUUCCUUGGCUCACCCCUGGUCGCCGCCACCUUAGGCCACCAAGGAGACAUUGCGCGUCUUCUCUUCAGAUUGGGGGCAGAUGCGGAGCAAGGUGUGGUGUGCGUGGGUAGCUCGUUCAUUGUGGCUGCGCGUCUCCAGAUGAAGAAACUGGUUCGAUUGUUCCUUCGGGGUAAAAAGGUGAACCCUAACCAAAGGGAUAUCUCUGGUUACACGGCACUCUACUGGUGCUCCCGUUAUGGCGAUGCCGAUCUCGUGCGGCUCCUCCUUGACCACCCGUCCAUUGACCUGCAAUCAGAUAACCAUGGCCGAGACGCACUCGCUUGCGCUGCCGCUGAGGGCCACGAAGAGAUCGUUCAAUGGCUGGUGGGACACGACGAGAUCCAGACGAACAACCACGACGGCCUGUCCUUGUUCAAAGCAGUGGCAAGGGGGCAUGAGAAAGUGGCCACUGAUCGAGGCCGUCCAAAAAGGCCACGAGAACAUCAUCCGUUCCCUGCUGAACUUCCCGGCAACCGAUCCAAAUGCCAGAACCUGGUCCACCCCUCCGCUCUUUGUGUCGCAUCCAAGAAAGGCUCACGCCGCAUGGUGAAGAUGCUACUUGCCCACAAAGAUAUCAAGGUCAACGAGUGGGGCGCCAAAAACCGCACGUCGCUCUCACUCGCAGCGAGACACGGCCAUGACGAUGUCUUUCGUUUGCUUCUCGACCAUGACGAUAUCGACUUGGGGCUCGCGGAUAUCUCCGGCAUGUUGCCUUUGAUGCACGCAAGUCGGAAGGUCCAUGCCAAGAUCGUGCGGCUACUCCUCCUGUAUUGGCCAUCGUCAAUAGAUGUGAAGGACAACUUUGGCAAGACAUCUUUGAUGGUAGCUGCCCGACAUGGCCACCUCGAUGUGGUGCAAGUUCUUCUGGAGUUUGAUGCCGACGUUAGUCUGAAAGACCAUUUCUACCAGACCGCACUGGAUUGCGCGAGAGAGCGGAAGCACCCAGGCAUCGAAACUCUUUUGCUUCAAGCAAGUGCAGAGGCAACACGAUCUGAGAGAUCAGGUGCCAGCUCCGUGAGCACGCAAACGCGGGAACAAGCGACGAAAGUCAAAAUCACGUCGCAGAUCCUCCGCUUGAGUGUCUUUGUUACUUGUUGCUUGUUGUUUAUUGUCUCUUGCGUGUGGAGAUUACCCCGUUUGGAUAGGAGGAAUGCGUAA